AUGAGAAACCUUUCAGCUGUCGUUGCAACAGGAAGUUUACUAGACGGUGAGUAUGAUUCUUCCUAUCAAUUGGACAUUCAAAUAACGGGUGAUAGUGAUCUUCUCUCGCGACACCUGAAGAUCAAGAAUGACCCUUCCUGUCACCAGGAGAUGGAGUCCGAUGCAAACAACCAUAAGGUUGACCUCGAAUCAACAUCCGUGCUUACGGGACUAGAUGGCCAGGAAGUCCAGUCGGUGAGUUGUACAGCGGGUCCGCGACAAGGGUAUAAUGACAUCUCGAAUUCGGCUAUACAAUUCCACUUACAAGCAAGUCCUGCCAAUGGAGUGCAAUUAGCAAGUGGGAUACAACUACCAGGGAAUACUGAACUUGCUCCAAGUUCAAUACAGCAUUUUGACGAGAAUCUGCAAGAUCUCAAUAUUCUGUGGGGAGGCAUGGAUGGGAACUUUGCCCUCGAGAAAUAUUUCCCCUUGGGUGCCGAGUUUCCCAAUGACCUAAUCUCAGUUCCAGAGUUUGAUAUCUACGAGGCGACGAGCUCAGCAUUUACUGGGCCGUCAAGUGGCGGAACGGCUGACGAGAAAAGCCCGAUGACCUAG